AUGGCACAAUCAGCUUUAGAAACAUGCGAAAUAUGCGACCAAGCAUUGGGUAUUGAUAAUUGCGAAGAGUGCGAACAACUGUUUUGUAAUAAUUGUAAAUUGAUGCACCUAAGAAUGAAAAUAUCUCGAAAUCACACUUUUAAAGAGGUAGAUCAUGAGGAAGUAAAAUUAAACUUGUGUGACGAACAUAAUCUGGGAUAUAUUUUAUACUGUGAGAAAUGUAAUUCGUUCGUAUGUAAGACAUGUAUAAUUGAGAACCAUAAAGGUCACGAAUUGGAGGAUAUAAAUGUUGCCAAAAUAUCAAAAUUGCAAGUUGAAGUGUCGGCAAAAUUAGAGAGUUGUUCGAAAGCGAUGCACGAGGGACAUCGUUAUGCGCUUUUGGUGCAAAGCCAGAUGAAGAAUUUUGAAAAGGAUUGUAAAAAGGCAAGAGAACAAACUAAAAGUCGCGGUGAUACGCUUAAAUGUAAUGUGGAUAAAAUAGUAGAUUCGCAAACCAAACGGAUUUUGAAAAACGAGCAAUUCCAGAAACAGAAAGCAAAGACGUAUAUUGAUGCAGUAGAACUACUUGACGAAAAUCUUAACAAACUGAAACUUGAGCAUCGGAAGAUUCAUGAAAACAGAAGUGGCGUUGCCUUACUAAAGUCGUUAGAAAAGUUUCAAAAAGAAAAUUUUGACUUAGAAAUACCUGUCAUGCCAUCUUUGGGUCGUAUUCAUGCUGCAAUACUUAAUUAUGAACCUAGCAUCUAUGUUCGGACUGUGGCUUUAUUUGAUGACUACAAGUUUGAUUGUGGUUCUAAAUAA